GCAUGUAGACCGAGGAGCUCCAGAUCAGCGCUGCUGAGCUCAGAUGAUGCUGAUGCUGCUGAUGCUGAUGCUGCCCUGCCCUGCGUGAGCUCUCCUGCUGAGUCAUGGCUUGUGCUGGUCCAUUACUGAAGUACACACACCACGAGACAGACUAUAUGUCGAGGACCUACACGUGAGGCAUUACAGCAUGAAAUAGCCGCUCAUAGUGGGCUGUUUAUAUAAGGAGAGGACGCAGACGUGUAGGAGUGGCUGUCCUACAUCGCAAUGAUUGCUGCGGCUUUUUUGGUCUUAUUAAGACCCUUGAGUAUCCAGUGUGUAUUAUUGCUAUUAUUGCUUUUGGUAGGAACUGUCGCAGCGAUCGUGUUUCUCAGCUGCUGGCAUCGCAAGCUCCGUGAUGAGAAAAUUCCCAUAAAAUCGGUUCUCACGAGGCGCUCGAGGAGCCGAGCUGGUUUCCGGCCGCAUCAUUUUCGCUCUGAGGUUUGUCGUCACAGUCCACGUCAUGCGAGGAGAAGCGCACGCGCGCGCGUUCCUGAAGAGCAGCCGCUGAUCGAGAGCGAGCCGGACUCGAGCCUGAGGAAGCGCAGAGUGAAGAAGAGAGUCCAGCCAGACUUCUAUCAGUCCGUGCAGCUCACGCCAACACGCAAACCGAGCUCCGGGUCUGGGAACGCGUCCCUGCGCUGCUCUAUGUCUUCAUCGGCAGAUUUCUCCGAUGAUGAAGAGUACAGUGUGAAAUCUGGGUCGGGGUCGCCAGCACCGGGGGACACGUUACCGUGGAAUCUACCCAGACACGAGCGCUCGAAGCGGAAGAUCCAGGGAGGAUCCGUGCUCGAUCCCGCCGAGAGAGCGGUGCUCAGGAUCGCAGAUGAAAGAGACCGAGUCCAGAAAAAGACCUUUACAAAAUGGAUAAAUCAGCACCUCUUAAAGGUCCGAAAGCAUGUGAACGACCUGUAUGAGGAUUUGCGAGAUGGACAUAACCUUAUUUCCCUUCUGGAGGUGUUGUCUGGUGAGACACUGCCGCGAGAGAAGGGCCGCAUGCGCUUCCACAGACUCCAGAAUGUACAGAUCGCCCUGGACUACUUAAAAAGACGGCAGGUGAAGCUGGUGAACAUCAGGAACGACGACAUAACGGACGGGAACCCAAAACUGACACUGGGAUUAAUAUGGACCAUAAUUCUGCACUUUCAGAUCUCGGACAUCCAUGUGACAGGAGAGUCCGAGGACAUGACAGCCAAGGAGAGACUUCUGCUGUGGUCCAAGCAGAUGACCGAAGGCUAUGUAGGUGUCCGCUGUGACAACUUCACUACCUCGUGGAGGGAUGGACGACUGUUCAAUGCUAUUAUUCAUAAGUACAGGCCCGACCUGGUUGAUAUGAGCAAAGUAUCGACACAAAGUAGCAGAUCCAACUUAGAGCAAGCGUUUGGUGUGGCCGAGCAGCUUGGUGUGGCCCGACUGCUGGACCCAGAGGAUGUGGAUGUGUCAUCUCCGGACGAGAAGUCUGUCAUUACAUAUGUAUCAACAUUAUACGAUGUCUUCCCGAAAGUACCGGAGGGUAUGGAGGGCAUCAGUGCAAUUGAUGUGGACGUUAAAUGGGUGGAAUACCAGAACAUGGUGAAGUACCUCAGCCAGUGGAUCAAACACAAUGUGACUGUUAUGGCAGACAGAAAUUUCCCCAGCAAUCCUGUGGAACUUAAGGCACUUUAUACACAGUAUCUACAGUUUAAAGAGAACGAAAUACCACCAAAAGAAAACGAAAAGGCCAAAAUCAAGCAUCUCUACAAAAUGCUAGAGGUGUGGAUAGAGUUCGGUCGCAUCCAGCUCCCUCAAGGGUACCAUCCUAAUGAUGUGGAGAAGGAAUGGGGCAAGCUGAUCGUGGCCAUGCUGGAGAGAGAGAAGAGCCUGAGGCCUGAAGUGGACAGGCUUGAAAUGCUACAGCAGAUUGCAAACAGAGUUCAGCGAGACUGCGUAGCCGGAGAGGACAAACUAGCGUUAGCGCGGACGGCUCUGCAGUCGGAUGCCAAGCGGCUGGAAUCAGGAAUCCAGUUUCAGAAUGAAGCAGAGAUCGCUGGAUACCUUCUGGAGUGUGAGAACUUACUGAGGCAGCAAGUGGUGGACAUCCAGCUUCUACUGGACGGGAAGUUCUACCUCGCUGACCAGCUCGUUCAAAGGGUGUCUAAGCUCCGAGACGAUCUCCUGGCUUUGAGGACAGAGUGUUCAGCCGUCUACAGCAAAGGACGCACGCUGACCUCAGAACAGACCAAGAUGAUGAUCUCUGGCAUCACGCAGAGUUUGAACUCAAACUUUUCCCAAAACUUCAGUGCUGGACUGUCUCCUGCGCUCAGUCACGGAGGCCUGGUCACAUCGGGCGGCAGCCCUGCCAUGAGCCCGGCCAUGACCCCCAGCAUGACCCCUGCCGCGGUCCAGACUUACCUCAGCGGCCGAGGAGGAGGAGGCAUGGAGCCCGCUGGCCUUCAGCAGCUCAAACACAUGCAGAUCCCCAAGCCCAUGCUCAAAUCCUCCUUCCUGGACCCCAGCUUGAGCGAGGAUGAGGUUCAUAUGAAGUUUGUGCAGGAUCUGCUUAGCUGGGUUGAGGAAAUGCAGGUUCAGCUUGAUCAAGCAGAAUGGGGCUCUGAUCUACCGAGCGUUGAAUCAAAUUUAGGGAAUCAUAAAGAUUUUCACAAAGCCAUCGAAGAAUUCCAGAUGAGCAUCAAAGAAGCCAAAAUGAGUGAGAUCCAGAUGACCCAGCCGCUGAAGCAGAGUUACUCUGAGAAGCUGAAGACGUUAGAAAGCCAGUACAGGAGGCUGCUGAAAUGCUCCGGUGAGAGGCAGAAGCACCUGGACAGUCUGUAUGAUUUUGUGUCCCGUGCCACUCAGGAGCUGAUCUGGCUCAAUGAGAAGGAGGAAGAGGAAGUGGCUUUCGACUGGAGUGAGAGGAACAGUAACGUUUCAAGGAAGAGGGAUUAUCACGCAGAUCUCAUGAGAGAACUGGAUGACAAAGAGGAGGUGAUCAAGUCAGUACAAGAGAAGGCAGAGAGCCUCCUUCUGGAGAACCAUCCUGCCAGACUGACCAUCGAGGCGUACAGAGCAGCCAUGCAGACUCAGUGGAGCUGGAUCCUGCAGCUCUGUCACUGUGUGGAGCAACAUCUGAAGGAGAACGCCGUCUACUUUGACUUUUUCAGCGAAGCCAAAGAGUCAUUGGAUUACCUUAAGAGCCUCCAAGAUGCCAUCCACAGGAAGUACAGCUGCGACCGAAGCAGCAGUUUACAUCGGCUGGAGGAUCUCAUUCAAGAGUCCAUGGAUGAGAAAGAACAGCUCCUGAAAUACAGCAGCACAGUGGGUGGGUUAGUGGGCCGCGCAAAGUCUGUUGUUCAGCUCAAAGCCCGUAACCCAGAGAACCCCAUCAGGACCUCCAUACCCGUCAAAGCCAUCUGUGACUACCGCCAGAUAGAGAUCACCAUCAGCAAAGAAGAUGAGUGUGUUCUAGUGAGCAAUUCUCACAGGGCAAAGUGGAAAGUGAUCAGUCCAUCUGGAAAUGAGGCCAUGGUGCCUUCAGUCUGCUUCAGUGUACCUCCACCCAACAAGGAGGCCACGGAAAUGGCAAGCAGGAUGGAGCAGCUGUAUCAGAAUGUUCUGGCUCUGUGGCACCACUCUCACGUUAACAUGAAGAGCGUCGUGUCCUGGCACUAUCUGAUGACUGACAUCCGCACCAUCCGCAAAAGCACUGUUGCCUCGAUCAAGACGCUCUUGCCGGGUGAUCACGAGCAGGUGCUGAGCAGCCUGCAGUCCCACUUUGAGGACUUCCUGAGGGACAGCGAUGAAUCAGAGGUUUUUACGGUGGCUGAUUGUGCCCAGCUGGAAAAGGAGGUUCUGGCUUGUAAGGAGUACUAUGAGGAACUCCUCAAAUCUGCAGAGAGAGAAGAACACGAGGAGUCCGUGUAUAACCUCUUCAUAUCUGAGGUGCGUAACUUCCGCAUGCGAGUGGAGGGUCACGAGGAACAGCUGAUCCGGAAAAUCCGUACCCCGCUAGACAGAGACGACCUGCAGGAGUGUGUGCUGCGCAUCAAUGAACAGGAGAAGAAGAAGGUAGAGCUGGAUAGGUUGAAGGAUGACCUGGAGAGCCUGAGAGAGAAGUGUGACGUCUUCCUCAGGCAAGCAGCUGCCUCUCCAUCCGUCCCUACGCUUUCCUCUGAGCUGAACAUCCUCACUCAGAGCACGAACCAGGUCUACUCCAUGUGCUGCAUCUACCUGGAGAAGCUGAAGACAGUGAGUUUGGUGGUGAAGCACAGUCAGAGUGCAGAAGCUCUGGUCAAACUUUAUGAAGCUAAGUUGUGCGAGGAGGACACGAUCAAUGCUAAUAUCAAAUCUAUCGAUGACGUCAUGAGCACUCUUAAGCAAUGGAGGUCUGAAAUCGAUGAAAGGCGAGAGGUAUUCCAUGACUUGGAGGACGAGCUGCAGAAGGCACGUGUGGUCAGUGAGCGCAUGUUCAAAACGCACAACGAAAGAGACUUUGAUUUGGACUGGCACAAGGAGAAGGCCGACCAGCUCAAAGAACGAUGGCAAAACAUCUACUCUCAGAUUGAAAACAGGCUCCGAGACCUGGAAGGCAUCAGCAAAUCACUUAAGUAUUACAAAGACACAUACAACAGUCUUGAUGAAUGGAGCAAAGAAAUGGAGGCCAAGCAGCUCAAGGCCCAAGAGAAUCAGCCCGAGGACAGCAAGGCAUUGGCCGAGUUCCUUAACCAGCAGAAAGUUUUGGUCACAGAAAUUGAACAAAAACAAAGCAAAAUUGAGGAGUGCCAGAAGUAUUCAGAGCAGUAUGCAGUUGGAGUGAAAGACUAUGAACUGCAGUUGAUGACUUACAGAGCCAUGGUUGACUCUCAGCAUAAGUCUCCAAUGAAGAGAAGGAAGAUGCAGAGUUCCUCUGAUGUCAUCCAGCAAGAGUUUAUGGACCUUCGUACACGCUACACAGCCCUGGUUACUCUGAUGACACAGUAUGUGAAGUUUGCAGGUGAAACACUAAAGAGGGCAGAAGAGGAUGAGAGGAGGAAGUCAUUGGAAAAUGCGGAGUACUUGAGCUGGACUGAGAGCAUGGAGCUGCAGAAAUCUGAAAGUGAAGAGGAGAUCGGCAGGCUUAGGCGUCAGAGAUCUGUUGAGGAUGAGAAGAAAGAGCAUGGUGAUAAGGUUAACAAGUUGUUAAAUUGGAUGAAAACGAAUCCAAACAAAGAUGGAAAGGCUCAAAGUGAUGGCAAAUCCAGCACUGAGGGCACUAAUAAGCCCCAGAUGACACUGGAGGAGAUGGUGACAAAAAAGGAACAAAUUGGCGAAGCAUUGAGAACUACCCAGCUGAUGCUAACCAAACACAGUGACAAAAUGACUGAAGAAGAAAAGCAAGAAACAAAAGACCAGCUGAAUUCUCUUCAUCAGGCCUACAGCGAGCUCUCUCAGCAGUGUGCAGAUACAGCUUCCUCAGCUUCCUCGGCCGAUCAGGCACUGCAGGUCAUACAAGGGAUUCUGGAUGUUGAAAGUGGAGCUGUCAUGUCUGUGUGUUACUCUGUGAACAAUGGCUUCAUCGACCAGAACACAGGACUUGCUCUUCUAGAGGCACAGCUUUUAACCACUGGACUCAUUUGGCCUGAACAGCACUUGCAUAUGGAAUUAGAGGAAGCAUUCAAGCACAAACUUGUGGAUGAUGCAAUGUGCAAGCAACUGCAAGAGUUGAGUGAAGCUAAAAAAUUUCUUCAGGAUCUUCAGUUUGCUUUAGAACCCUUGCCGGUUAUGGCAGCGCUGGAAAAGGGGGCUAUAUCUGAGCAAACAGCUAUAAAGAUCAUUGAAAUCCAGCUAGCGACUGGAGGGUUAAGACUGUCAUACACUGAUGAUAUUUUACAUCUGGAAGCAGCUUUUCAACUUGGUCUGAUACCUCAGUCCCUCUUUAUCCAGAUAUUGGAGAGAAAGGACACAUGGAAGAGCUUAAUUGACCCCAACACUGCAGAAAAAGUCACACUUAGUCAGCUUGUGCAGAGAAGCAUGAUACACGAGCCAACAGGACUUCGCCUGCUUCCAGUGAAAUGUGGAAAAGAUGGAACUAUAUCUCUGACAUCUGGAAGGGAGAUCACCAUUAUGAAAGCCAUGCACGAGGGCGUCAUUGAUAGAGAGACCAUGUUUCGGUUGCUGAGCAACCAGUUGUUUGCAGGAGGCAUAGCUGACCCCCAAACUGGCCGAAAGCUAACUGUUGAGGAGGCCUUAUCCGAGGGUCUGAUCGAUCAGGACACUGCGAGUGAGAUACUGAGCCAUCAGGCCCAAAAUGGUGGCAUUGUUAAUCCUUGCAGCGGGGCGAGACUUACAGUUGAUGAGGCCGUCCAGUGUGACUUAAUAAGCUCCAGCAGUGCGUUGUUAGUUCUGGAGAGACAGAAGGCCUUCAUGGGUCUCCUUUGGCCUAACGCUGGUGAAAUUCUCUCUUUCUCCACCUCUCUUCAGCAAAACAUAAUCACAGACAAACUAGCGUCAGAGCUGCUGCAUAACCGGCACAAAAUAACAGCCUUGUACAUACCUGAAACCUCUGAGGUAGUUGACAUUGAUUCUGCUGGGGAGGACAACUUAAUUGAGACAUUUACAAAAGAGUUGUUGAAGACGAUAGAAAUCCCAGAUGUGUUCCCUGAUAUACAUGAACUGAAUAACAGGUUUUCAUCCUGGCUGGUAAUGAAGGAGCUUCAAAUCGAUGGAUCUUGUUCAUCCAGUGAAGAAAUCAGUGAUGAAAACACCUCAGAUGCACCAUCUCCCUCUGAGGCCAAACAGUUAUUUAUUUCCUACCUCAUAAUGAAUAGCUAUAUGGAUCCAGAGUCAGGCCAAAGACUGUUGAUCUUUGAUUGGCAAUUAAAUAAAAUGGCUAAAUUACUCUUUGAAACAUCUGAACAUGUUGAUGAGAUUAGCAGGCUUUAUAUGAAUGUUUCAGAGUCUCUACUAAAUCCUGACGAUGACAACGCUUGUAUGAAUUCUGAUGAUGGUGCUUUGGGAGAAUUGCAAAUAUGUGAACCUUUGGAAAGCACAACAGAAGAAGAGCAUGAAGUUGUGAAUUCAAAUGCAUUACAGAAUUGCCUAAAACCUACUCUACCCUCUGAAUCUGUUGUAAAUGCUGUAGAAACAGAUCAUAAAUGUGAUAUUUUCCUAGACAGUGUUGAACAGAUGACUGUAAUUGAAACUAACAAUCUGCCUAAGAAUUCUACAUGCUCAAACAUAGACAAGUGCCAGUCAGAAAUAAGUGACCUAGCUUCCCCUCAGUCAUCGGAUGCAAUGCAGUUACCACAAAAAGCCUUUUCUGUAGCAGCCACUGCCUCUAUGGUAGCAAACCCUGAAUGUCAUGAUGCCAGUAAAGACCAGGAAAUAUAUUCAAAACACUCACCACUACAGUCCCGUGAUACAACCAGCUAUACAGAAAUGCCCUCUGAAUUUCCACAUACAGAAGUUGUGUGGGAUGACAGACUUGAGAGAGAUUAUGCCAUCCAUCUUCUUAGGGCACAAGUGGAGGAAGGUGGGGUUUUAGAUGUUACCUCUGGAAACCAUCUCGAUAAAGGCCUUAUUGACGAAGAGACUCUCUUAGAAGAGCUUCAAGAAGAUGGUUUGAAAGAGAGCGAAAAUGCUGCUUUGUCAGCUCUGAACACUUCUGUUAGUAAAGGUUGCAUCUCAAGUAAAGUAGCACUAAAGAUCAUGGAAAAGCAGAACCUUUUUGGUGGUCUCUAUGAUUCAGCAGUUGGAAGUACCAUUAGCGUUUGUGACGCUUUAGAGACGGGUCUGAUUACUGAUGAUACCAGCAGAAGCAUUCUCUCUUCAGAGGCAAUCAGGAAGGCCAUCAUUGAUCCAGAGGGAAAGUGUGUGCUCAGUGUAUAUGAUGCCCACCAGUCUGGGAUGUUGAGUGAUGAAGAGGCUGAGAGAAUGCUACAUUCACAGCAGAAUGAAAGGGAAGAAGACAUCAUGGUGCCUGAUUUAGCAAAAAAAGAGCAAAUAAGCUUGAGAUCAGAUGAAGCCACACGGGUAUCUACCCACAAAGCAUGUAGUCAGGAUCUUCUGUUACCCACCAUUUGUGGCAUGCCGUCUAAAGUAAUUUCAGCAAAAGACGAUAUGUUUGAUAAAGUUUCUGAGACUGGAAUAGGGGAGGAUUGUGAUGUACAAUGUGGUUAUUUCAAGACUAUGGAUCCUAUAAAUGAGAUAGACACAACAGAUGACAGAAAAGGAAGUUUCACUUUGGAAGGGAAUGAGAUUAAAAGGCCAAAUAAUGGCGUAGACACUUUUCUUGUUGAUGUUUCUUGUGAAACUGUAAGUCCUUCACCAUGUAUCAGGCAGAUGGCAUAUCUUGAGACUAUAGCGAGUCAGGUUAUUAGCCCUGUACAGAGUGACUCUGGAAUAUCAUGUUCCUCUCCAAGUGAAAGGAAAUCAGAGCGUGUACUUAAUCCUGAACAUGAAGUCAACAGGUCCAAAGUGGAAUCUGAAACAACAAAUGCUUUUUUUGACAACGGCCUCUCUGAGAGCUUGAGUACUUUGCUACCAAUGGUGGAGGAUGUUGGAAUAGUUACAACACUUGCAGAAGCUCAGUCCACCACAUCUUUAUGUUGUGCAAGUGCCAAGUCACCAGUGGAGACUGCAGCAGAGCUGGAUUUAAGUACUGAUGAUCAGUCCACAUUAGCUCAGAAUAUAUCAAAUGAGAAUAAAGUUGAAUAUGCCAAAAAUGUAAGUGAGGACCUAGAUCAUGAGCAUUCUGAUGAGGAUUCAGGUGCGUUUAGUUCAGAGAAUAGAGCACUAGAGAUUGUUAAGUAUGAGGACAUGUCAGAAAUUUUCAGAAAUGCACCAAAAACAAAACAUGAGCCCAUAGUGGUCUGUACAGAAAGCAUUAUUGACUGUAAGGUAUUAGAGAAUGAUGAGAUUGAAGACUCUGUGGGUUUCAAAGGAUCCGAGGACACAUGUCAGCUCAGUUUGAUAGAUUUAGCUGGAUUGACAGAAAAUUCCAAGCAGUUGCCACCGGAAAUUCUUACCAAUUCUAGUCAAGUUGAUUCAAGUGGAGGUAAUCAUAACAUACUGAACCCAAAUGAGCAAGGCAUAUUUUGUAAUAAUGUGGCCCCAAAUGCCACUAUAAAAGAUGAGUUAGCCAGGUCAUCUGAAUCAGACCUUACAUGUCACAAUGAUAAACAAGUAAAAGUUGUGGUGGAAAUGCUAGAGUCAUCCUUGGGUCAUUCUUCAGAGGAUAUAUUCGCAAAAUCCAACAAAUUGAAGUCUGCCCACCAAAGUCUUUCCGUUAAAAUGAUGGUUGAUCAGAAUAGCAAACAAAGAGCAGACAUCUCCAACCAGUCUCAAGCUGGAGAUACAGUAGUUGCUGAAGGUGUACACCAGUAUGACCGCCAUUUACCUCAUAUGGCAUUGGCUGAAGAUGAAAGUAUACUGAAGUCAAUGGGAAGCGGUGAUUUAAAGUCUUUUUUAAAUUUGUUAAUCCAAAUGAAGAUGGAUGGAGCAAGUAUGGACGAGACUCAAAAACAAAAAUGCCAAGCCAUCGAUAGCAUUAUUGAAAUGAUUCAGCACCACUCUGCAAUCUCACCGACCAAUCCUCCCAACUCAAAUGAAAGGGGUGAUGACCCAGAUAUCCUCUUGGAUUUGAAAAAACAUGAAGGACAAAGAGAAUCUCAGAACUGGCCAUCUGACGAGAGCAAUGAUGAACCAAAGCAUCAGACUGAUCUGCUGGAGAUGAUUCAGAGGAUCUCCACAAGCAGAGAGCAAGAAAUACUCAAGGAAGUGGAUGGAAAGCUUAGCAGUUUUUUGGAGUGCACUGCUCUGAAAGAUGAAAGCAUGGAAGCUAAAAGCAAUGCUGUUCCAACCACAGAUGAUGCUGUUGCAGAAGAUGCCUUCCAGCCAACCGGCUCUAUCCACCAGGUCUCCAUGGAAGAGGAUCCAAACAUAACGCAAACAGACAGAGUCAAACCGAGAAGAUAUUCCACCCAGAAUUACUCGGAAUGUGUUGGGAGGCUUCAGGAUCAUUGCGCUACUCUUGAAGAUAUGAGAAGUGACUUGCAGAUGAAAGGUCCAUUAGCAGAAGACCUUGAGGGGUUGCAUAGUCAGUUAGAGGAAGUUAAGAUCCAUUUGGAAACCUCACACCAAGAUUUGCUAAGCUGUCUUGAUAAGGUCUCAGCUUGUAUACAAGACAGUUCUGAGAUGGUGUCUAAGCUUGAUAUCAUGGAUGCUGAUAACAUAGAAAGAAUUAGGAACAAGGUUCAGCAAAAUAAGGAUAUAGAGAAAGACUUAUCAGGAACCCGACAGCUCCUUGAAGACACUGCUUUUGAUAUCCAAAGCUUCAUUUCUGAACAUGCUCAGUUCCUGAGUCCGACUCAUAGCAGAUACCUUCUAAGGGCUCUCAGUGCAAGCCAGAGAUCAUACAAAGAGCUCAUGGACAGAGUCUUCACUCAAAGACAAACUCUAGAGGUCCAACUGGAGAUCUGUGAGGAGGAGACUCAGCAGAAGGCGGUUGUGGAGAAGCAGAGGGAGUUUUCAGAAAAGCUUCAGGAGCUGUUUGAUGACCUGACACAGACAGAAAACCGCCUCAUUGGCCACCAGCAGCAGGCUGCCAGCGCAAAGACUGUGGGAGAGCUCCAGCAGUACCAACAAGAGCAUCAGGCUCUACAGAAAGACCUGCAGGCUCAUGCCAGUGCUCUCAAUGAAGUCAUCAGUAGCACAAAGAAGUUUCUGGAGGAGAAUCGUAGCAAACUCACCCCAGAGCAGAUAUCGGCUCUUGAGAACAAACUGGAGGAACUGAAGAGCAAAGUGAACAUGCUUAACCAGAGGGCAGAAGAGUCCAGGAAAGAUCUAGAGAAGGUAGCAGCUGUUGAACAACUUGAAGAGAGCAAAACUAAGAUCGAGGGUCUUCUGGACUGGAUCUCUAACGUUGGGAAAGAGAAGGAAAUGGGUGGAAUACAAAAGGACCAGAUGGUUAAACAGAAUGGAAACAUGCCUGAGAACACAUCAAUGAAGAGAAUAAUUGGAGAAGAAGAUGACCCUAAUGGAAAUGCAUUAGAUACUACAGACAACACAAGUCUGUGUACUGGCGAAAAACAAGACGGGAAAAACCUGGACCUGGACCUGGACCAGCAGUUUAACAGGGUUAAAGCCCACCACCAGGAGAUCUUGUCCCAGCAGCAGGAUCUGAUCAUCGCCACACAGUCGGCACAGGCGUUACUCGACAAACAGGCGCAGGUCCUGUCACCCGCUGAGAAAGACAAGUUACAGAGGGACAUUAGAGAGCUGGAGGGUCGCUACAAGGCUUCUCUCACGCAGGCCGAGCAGCAGAUGAAGCAGGUCCAGACUGUCCAGGAGGAGCUUCAGAAGUUCAAGGGGGACUGUGAGGAGUUUGAGACGUGGCUACAGCAGGCCCAAGGGGAGAUGGGGGAGCUCGGUGCGCCCGCUGCUGCUCUGGACACUCUGAGUAACAAUCUACAGAGACAGAAGAGCUUCUCUGAGGACGUCAUCUCUCAUAAAGGAGACCUGCGCUUCAUAACCAUCUCCGGUCAGAAGGUGCUGGACGCAGCGAAGGCCUGCGACUGGAGUGAAUCUGGGGGAUCUGGCGGUCUGCCAGAGGUUGAUAUGUCCGGGACAUGUGCUGCUGUGAAAGAAAGGCUGGAUUCUGCCGCCAGUCACUACAAAGCCUUGCAUACGCAGUGUAAUCAGCUUGGAAAUAACCUGAAAGACGUGGUGGACAAGUACAAGAAGUAUGAAGACGCCAGUGGUGCUCUGGUGAAGUGGCUGAAUGUCUCUGAGGAAGAGUCCAGAAGACAGCAGUCCGAGCCCAUCGCUGGAGACCCCCAGACCCUACAGAGACAGCUGGAGGAGACCAAGAAUCUUCAAGGGCAAACAUCUUCCCGUCAGGCUGCGGUGGAUUCGCUGAGAAAAACAGCGGAUGCUUUAAUCAGCGCAGAGGGAGACCUGCUGUCCCAUCCAGAAGAGAUUCAGGAGACAGUGGAUGACAUCACAGAGAGAUAUGAGAACCUGUCGAAAUCAGUGAGUGACCGCAACGAGAAGCUGCAGGUGACUCUGACGCGCUCCCUGAGUGUGCAGGACGGCCUGGAUGAGAUGAUGUCCUGGAUGGAGAAGGUGGAAGAGAGCGUGAAGGAGACGCCCAAAGUGCUGCUGGACUCCAGCUCUGUUGCAGAUGCACUUAGCAAGGAGGCAGCCCUGGAGCAGGACAUGUCCAGCAGGCAGAGCAGCAUCUUGGCCAUGAAGGCAAAGGUGAAGAAGUUUGUGGAGGGUGCUGAGCCGGCUGCUGGUGCCCUCCUCCAGACGAAGAUGGAGGGCUUGUCACAGCGGUUUACUGACGCCUCUGAGCGCCACAAGCAGAAGGUGGCUCAGAUGGAGGAGCUCCGAGACAAGGUGGAGCAGUUUGAGAAGACAUCCGAGAAGGUGCAGCAGUUUGUGCUGAAGAGCUCCCAGACUCUGUCAGAGUCAGAGGGGCCAGGGAAGAACAUCACUGAGCUCUCCCAGCUCCUCCAGGACACAAAUGCAGAGUUAGCCGAGCACUCAAAGGACAUGGGAACGCUCCAGAAACUGACCGAGGAGCUCAGCAAGCUGGGUCCAGAAGGAAGCACUGCUCUCCUCCAGAGCAAGAUGCAGAACAUCUCUGACAGCUUCAAUGCUUUUAAAGACACAAUUACUGAGAAGAAAGAGGAGGUUUCGUCCUGUCAGAAGCAGCUGCAGGAGUUCAGAUCUGCCGCAGGGCUGGUAAUGAAAUGGCUGGAGGAGACAAAAGAGCAAGUGCCAGAGCUUCAGCCCAACUGCAGUGAACAGAGCCUGGGAACAGACCUGCAGAGAGUCCACGGCUUAUUGGACGACUGGACCUCCAAAGCUCCUGCAGUCCAGGAUAUAAAUAGCAAAGGAUCUGCUCUGUGUAGCCUAAUCAGUGUUUUGACAUCACCGGCCAAAGCCAAGAUACGUCACAACUCAGGAUCAGCUAUCAAUAAUGGUUCUGGUACAGACAGCCAUUCCUAUCUCACAAACCAAGAGCUGAUGCUGGUACAGCAGAACAUGUCCUACGUUAACAACAGUUAUGAACAUCUGGGGGAACUCCUGAAGGCCAGGUCCUCUGAGCUCGGCGCUUUGUUAAAGAGAGUUCAAGACGUCCAUGAACAAGCUGAGUCUUUACGUCAGUGGAUGGAAGACACAAAGAAAACGGCAACAUCAUUGAGUAACCAUCCUUCUGGGAAAGACACAGUCAAAUCACAGAUAGAGCAACAGAAGGUGUUUGAAGAUAAUAUGAAACAAAAGCAAGUGCAGCUUCAGCAGCUCAGGGAGAAUCUGCUCCGUUUAAUCGAGGAACACCCUGAUUCACCCGAGGCAGAAAAGUGGAAGCACAUGCUGGCACAGAUAGAUGCAGGAUGGGAGGAGGUCAGGGGCACAGUGGAGAUCCGGAAGCAGCACCUGGAGGAGUCGUCCCGCAUGCUGGAGCUCUUCCAGACGACCCAGCCGCAGCUCUCACAGUGGCUGCAGGAGAAGGAGCUGAUGAUGGGCGUCCUGGGACCUCUGUCUGUGGACCCAAACAUGCUCAACACACAAAAGCAGCAAGUCCAGAUUCUCCUCAAGGAGUUCGAGAGCCGCAAGCCUCAGUAUGAGAAGUUAACCGAGGCGGCCACAGCCAUCGCUAGUGCGUCAGAGCAGCAGGAUCCUGCCGCAGAGCAGGUUAAAGAACAGCUGGCAUCUGUUUCCCAGAAAUGGCAGGCCCUGACAGAUCAGCUGUCUCAGAGACAUGCUCUCAUUGAGAAGGCUGUCGGUAAGACCACUCAGUUCCAGGAGCUCUUGCGAAGCCUCAGUAAAAGUGCCACUUGUCUGGAGACUGAACUUAAUAACCAGCAGGCCCUCAGCACCCAACCUGAUGAAGUCAAGAAGCAGAUUGAAGCCACUAAUUCAAUCCUGGCUCAGCUACGAGAGGAGAAGAAGAGGCUGAAGGAGGCAGAAACCGUCUGCUCUGAGCUCUCUGCCAUGGUGACUGAGGAGUAUCUCAGAGCAGACUUGACAAAACAGCUUGAGAGCAUCACUAAACCAUUUAGACAACUUGAGGACAAAGCAGGAAAGCGGAUUGAGCAGCUCAACUCAGCCUUUGCCAGCUCCCAGCAGUUCCAUCAGACAUCGAAGGACUUCCAAGCCUGGCUGAAUCAGACUCUGCAGGAGCAGUGUAUGCCACAGCCCAUCUCUGCUAAUGCAGAGAAGUUAAAACAGAGUCUCAAGGAGAACAGUGCAGCUCAAAAGGCUAUUAGCGAGCAUGAAGAACCUUAUAACACCAUCAUUAAAGAGGGAGAAGCUCUCCUCCAGAGCACGGAGGGGGCAGAGAAGGUGGCCCUUCAGGGACAGCUCUCUGCUCUAAAGUCCAGCUGGCAUGAUGUGAAGAAAGGUAAUGCUGAGAAAGCAGAAAAGUUUCAAGGGGCCUUGGAGAGGGCACUGAAGUACACAGAACACUAUGAGAAGCUUAGCUCAUGGUUGCAAGAGGUUGAAGACAGUGAGAAGAAUGUGAAGCUUAGCGCAAACUCAGUGGAGAUCGAGGGCUCCCUCUCACAGUUGAAGGCCAUCCAGAAAGACGUUGAGAAGCAUAGAGGGCAAGUUGUGAUGAUGAAUGCAGCUGCAGACAGCCUCCUGGAGGUAGUCACCUCAGAUGGGGAUUCGGUUAGGGAGGAGAAGGUAGCUACUGGUAAAAGAGUCGAUAAGCUGACAGAAGAUCUAACGCUUAAAAGAGAAUCAUUAGAAAAUAUCUCACAGAAGCUAAAAGAGUUCAACGACUUACAGAAAGAAGCCAAAGGGCAGCUGGAGGCUGCCAGGAAACAGCUCGAUUCUCACUCAGCUUUGGGUGUCCAGGCCUACAGCAAUAAGAACCUGACCAACAUGAAGGCUCAGCAGAACAGCUUAGAGGCUGUCCACAACCAGGUUGAGCAUCUCAAAAAUGUUGCAAAAAGUCUUGUGGUAGAUGCCUCUGAGGUGGAAGGUGUGACAGACCUUCUUCUUCAGGCAGACAGCUUGGAAAAAGACCACAUGUCAAUUACCAAAAAGGUAGAGGAUGCAUGCUCCACCUUGGAGAACAAACUCCAGGGCAUUGGACAAUUCCAGAACAGCAUUCGUGAAAUGUUUGCGAACUUCACAGACCUGGACGAUGAGUUCGAUGGAAUGGCUCCUGUAGACAGGGAUCUUGACACCUUAUGGGAUCAGCAAAGGACUAUCAAAGACUUUGUUGCUAGACUUCAGGAUCUGAUGACCAACACAGCCAACGGCAGAGACAGGUGCAAAAAGAUGCUGGAGUCAGAGGCCUCUCCAGAUCUCCUGGGUCUGAAGAGAGACUUGGAAACCCUGGGCAAGCAGUGUGGAAAGCUGAUGGACCGAGCCACUGGUAGAAGAGAACAGGUUGAGGAGACCCUCAGUCAUCUUGAGGAGUUCUACAGCAAGGCGCAGGUGUUUAGCCACAAACUGAGCAGUGCCGAAAAACAAGAGGAGUCCCAAGGGUCUGUUGGCUUGGAAACAGAAGUCAUUAACCAACAACUGGAGUCAUUCAAGGUUUUCCACAAGGAUGUCAUUGAGUCGCUGCAGAGCCAAUUGCAGGAACUGAACACACUGGGCCAAGCACUGAUCCAAAAUGCAGCCAAAGGCACCAGCACCAAAAAACUUGAUCAUGAUCUAGAGGAGGUCAACACCAGAUGGAACACCCUCAACAAAAAAGUUGCGGAGCGAUCUGCACAGCUUCAUGAAGCCCUGCUGCAGUGUGGCAGGUUCCAGGAUGCACUGGAGUCCCUUCUCAGCUGGCUCACGGACACCGAGGAGCUGGUGGCCAAUCAGAAGCCUCCAUCAGCAGAAUUCAAAGUGGUGAAAGCACAGAUACAAGAGCAGAAGCUCCUGCAGAGACUGCUGGAUGACCGGAGAGCUACGGUGGAGCUGAUUAAGACGGAGGGACGGAAGGUGACAGACUUAGCUGAUACUGUUGAUAAGGAGAAGAUUGCAAGAGAGAUUGAAUGCCUGGGGCAAAGGUGGGACGCCCUACUUAAGAAAGCUGAGAACAGACAAAAGCAGUUGGAGAAUAUUUUGGUGGUGGCACAGCAAUUCCACGAGACCCUUGUGCCUUUGAUGGAGUGGCUGGCAGCUACUGAAAAAAGACUAGCCAACUCAGAGCCCAUCGGCACCCAGACGACCAAGAUAGAGGAGCAAAUUUCUCGGCAUAAGGCUUUAGAGGAGGAGGUUUUGGGCCGUGGUAAGAUCUUGUACCAGGCCAUGAGUCUGGGCCAGUCUCUACGGGCGGUCAGCUGUGUGGAUGACAAGCAGCUGGUGCAGGCAAAGCUUGACAGCACGCACAGCAGCUACAUCGAGCUGCAGGAGCAUUGCCGGCAGAAGUCCGAGCUAUUGCGGCAGGCUUGUGCUAAUGCCCAGCUCUUUGGGGAGGACGAAGUGGCCCUAAUGACCUGGCUCGAUGAGAUGCACACCAAACUGAGCGAAGUCUCGAUCCAAGACUACACGAUGACUGUGAUCGCAAAACAGCAUGCUGAGCAGCUGGCUCUUCAUGAAGACAUUGAGUUGAGGAAACUAGAUAUUGAACAGGCCAUCCUAAAUGGGUUAGAACUGCUGAAACAGACCACAGGCGAUGAGGUUGUCGUCAUCCAAGGUAAACUAGAUGGAAUAAAGACGAGGUACUCAGAGAUCAACACAAUGAGCAACAAUGUUUCAAAGACUCUGGACAAAGCCCUGUCUCUUGCCACAAAGCUGCAAAACAGCCACGAAGAGCUGAACUCCUGGUUGGAGAAGGUAGAGUCUGAGCUGGCCACGUUUACAGCUCAAGAGCCGGUCGGAGAGCAGCUCACUCACUUACAAGAGAGGCAGAGAACCCUGAUGAAGGAGGUUAAGGGUCAGAAGCCACUGGUGGACUCUCUGAAUGAAGUAAGCAGCGCUCUGCUGGAACUCGUCCCAUGGCGAGCAAGAGAAGGCUUGGACAGGAUGGUCACAGAUGACAACGAGCGCUACAGAACGGCUAGCGAUGCUAUUACACAGCAUGUAGACCAGACCGGAGCUGCCAUCUUAAAAUCCCAGCAGUUUGAGCAGGCUGCCACCGCUGAGCUUGACUGGCUGACGGAGGCAGAAAGGAAGUUGUUAUGCCUUGGGGACGUCAGACUUGAGCCGGAGCAGACCACAGCUCAGUUACAGGCUCAGAAGAGCUUCUCCAUGGACAUUAUGAGACAUAAAGAUGCUGUGGAUGAGAUUGUGAAGACCAGCGAGGUCAUUAUGAACAGUAAAGAUGAGGCAGAGAAGCAGGCGCUGAGGAUGAAGCUCCAGACACUGUCAGAGAAAUACAGCGUGGUCAGCCAGCUGAAUUCAGAGCGCUGUCUGCAGCUGGAGAGAGCUCAUUCUCUGGUCUGUCAGUUCUGGGAAACACACGAUGAACUCUGGCCAUGGCUGCAGGAGACGAGGACUGCCUUCACUCAGCUGUCCCUGCCGACUAUUGAGUACGAAGCACUUCGACAGCAACAAGAGGAGCUGAGGCAAAUGAGGGAGCUGAUAGCAGAGCACAAGCCACACAUUGACAAGAUGAAUAAAACUGGACCUCAGCUGGUGGAGUUGAGUCCCAGUGAAGGGCUGCCAAUCAGAGAGAAAUACGAGGCUGCGGAAAAACUGUACAGCCAGCUGAAAGUGGACGUCAAGCAUAGAGCAGCUGCCUUGGAUGAGGCCAUCUCCAAAUCCACUCAGUUCCAUGAUAAGAUAGACCCAAUGCUGGAGUCUCUGGAGCGCAUCGCCGAACGCCUGCGUCAGCCUCCAUCCAUCUCAGUCGAGGUGGAGAAGAUCCGAGAGCAGAUAUCGGAGAACAAAGCCGUGAAUGUAGACCUGGAGAAACUUCAGCCAUCGUAUGAGACCCUCAAGCAGCGAGGAGAGGAGAUGAUCGCUCGCUCCGAAGGAGCAGACAAGGACCUUUCGGCCAAAGCUGUUCAAGAUAAGCUGGACCAGAUGGUGUUUCUGUGGAAUGACAUCCAAGCUCUUCUGGAGGAAAGAGAGGCCAAGCUCCUGGAUGUCAUGGACUUAGCCGAGAAGUUCUGGUGUGAUCACUGCGCUCUGAUCGUCACCAUCAAAGACACACACGACCUGCUGAAAGAGCUGGAGGAGCCUGGAGUCGAUCCUUCAGUGGUCAAGCAGCAGCAAGAGUCUGUGGAGGGCUUUAGAGAAGAGAUUGACGGACUGCAGGAGGAACUGAAUGUGGUCCAGAAUCUGGGGGCGGAGCUUAUGACAGCAUGCGGAGAACCUGAUAAACCAGUGAUCAAGAAAAGUAUAGAUGAGGUGAACUCAGCUUGGGAAACCCUGAACAAGGCAUGGAAAGAGAGAGUGGAGAGUCUAGAGGAAGCCAUGCAAGCUGCGGUGCAGUUCCAGGACAGUCUCCAGAACAUGUUUGACUCGGUGGAUAUUAUGGAAGGCAAACUGGAUUUGAUGUCGCCCGUGGGCACGGACCUGGAGACUGUGAAACAGCAGAUCGAGGAGCUGAAGGAGUUCAAAGGUGGUGCGUACCAGCUGCAGAUCGAGAUGGAAAGGCUGAACCAUCACGCCGGGCUCCUGCUGAAGAAGGUGCUCGAGGAAGACGACCGCACUUCCAUCCUGGAGCCAAUGAAUGAGCUGAAGAUGCUCUGGGACAACCUGGAUAAAAAGAUCAUCAACAGACAGCACAAGCUGGAGGGAGCGCUGCUGGCUCUAGGGCAGUUCCAGCAUGCUUUAGAUGAACUUCUGGCUUGGCUCACUCACACUGAAGAGCUGCUUAAUGAACAGAGGAAGGCCUGCGGUGACCCCAAAGCCAUCGAGAUCGAGCUCGCAAAGCACCACGUGUUGCAGAACGAUGUGCUGGCCCACAAGACCACGGUGGAGGCGGUGAACAAGGCCGGCAGUGACCUCAUUGAUUCCAGCGCUGGAGAGGAGGCACGAGGUCUGCAGAACAAGCUGGAGAACCUCAACCAGCGCUGGAGGACUAUCCUGGAGAAGACUGAGCAGAGAAGACAGCUUCUGGACAGUGCUCUGCUGCAGGCUCAAGGUUUCCAUGGUGAGAUUGAAGACAUGCAGCAGUGGCUGAAAGACACGGAGCGUCAGCUGUUAGCAUCAAAGGCCCUCGGAGGCUUACCAGACACGGCCCGAGAGCAGCUUAACACCCAUCUGGAGCUCUGCAGUACACUGGAAGCAAAGGAGGAAAUAUAUAAGCAGCUUCUUGACCGAGGGCAGCAGAUUUUGACCUUGACCCCUGAAGGUCAAGACAGCACCACUGAGCUGGACCUACACAACCUGCAGGAGAAGUGGGAAUGUGUUCAAGCCAAAGUGACAGAGAGGAAGGUGAAAUUGGAGGAGGCUCUGGUGAUGGCCACAGACUUCCAUAACUCACUACAAGAUUUCAUUAACUGGCUGACGCAGGCUGAACAGACCCUCGCUACAGCCUCGCCUGCCUCCCUUAUCCUGGAGACCGUCAUGUUCCAGAUAGAUGAGCAUAAGGUGUUUGUGACUGAGGUGAACUCCCAUCGGGAUCAGAUCAUCGAGCUGGAUAAGACAGGAACACACCUCAAGUACUUCAGUCAGAAACAGGACGUGGUGUUGAUCAAGAACCUCCUGCUGAGCGUUCAAGGCCGCUGGGAGAAGGUUGUGCAGAGGUCAGUGGAGAGAGGACGGCUGCUGGACGAUGCCAGGAAACGUGCCAAACAGUUCCAUGAGUCCUGGAACAAACUGAUGGAGUGGCUGGAGGAGUCCGAGAGAGCGCUGGACUCUGAGCUGGAGAUCGCUAAUGAUCCGGACAAGAUCAAGACACAGUUAACCCAGCACAAGGAGUUCCAGAAAACUCUGGGCAGCAAGCAUUCGGUGUAUGACACCACCAGCCGCACGGGCCGAGCUUUGAAGGACAAGACCUCCUUGCAAGAUGACAUCCAGAAGCUGGACGACAUGCUCAGUGAGCUCAGGGACAAAUGGGACACAGUCUGCGGGAAAUCUGUGGAGAGGCAGAAUAAGCUGGAGGAGGCUCUGCUGUUCUCAGGUCAGUUCACAGAUGCAUUGCAGGCUCUCAUCGACUGGCUUUAUAAAGUGGAACCACAGCUUGCUGAAGAUCAGCCCGUGCAUGGAGACAUAGACCUCGUCCUGAACCUCAUCGACAGCCAUAAGGUGUUCCAGAAAGAGUUGGGCAAAAGGACUGGCAGCGUGCAGGCUUUGAAGCGCUCGGCCCGUGAGCUUAUUGAGAACAGCCACGAUGACUCGUCCUGGGUCAAAGUUCAGAUGCAAGAGCUGAGCACUCGCUGGGAGACGGUGUGCAGCCUCUCUGUGUCCAAACAGACACGGCUCGAGCAGGCACUGUGUCAGGCUGAGGAGUUCCACUCCACCGUUCAUAUCUUACUGGAGUGGCUUGCAGAGGCCGAGCAGAGCCUUCGCUUCCACGGUGCCUUGCCUGAUGAUGAAGAAGCCCUCCGCGCUCUCAUUGAACAGCACAAGGAGUUGAUAAAGAAGCUGGAGGAGAAGCGACUGGCACUGAAUAAAGCCACAAGCAUGGGAGAGGCGAUCCUGUCCAUCUGCCACCCAGACUCCAUCACCACCAUCAAACACUGGAACACCAUCAUCAAAGCACGCUUUGAGGAGGUGACAGCCUGGGUACGUCAGCACCAGCAGAGACUCUCCAGUGCUCUGGCUGAACUGCUGGCCACACAAGAACUGCUGGAAAACCUGCUGAACUGGCUCCAGUGGGCUGAAACCACACUCGGCGAGAAAGACAAGGAACCUCUUCCUCAAGAGUUAGAGGAAGUCAAAUCACUCAUCGCUGAGCACCAGACAUUCAUGGAAGAGAUGACCAGAAAUCAACCAGACGUGGAUAAAAUCACCAAAACUCAUAAAAGAAAAGCCACAGCAGAUCCUCCGGUUCAGUCUCAAAUCCCUGUUCCAGAGAGAGGACGAACAGCCAGAAAGAGAUCCCCUACACAAUCCAUGUACACCGCAGCAUCACAGGCACAAAUCGAGACGAAGAACCCCCGAGUGAACCUGCUGGUCAGUAAGUGGCAGCAGGUGUGGCUUCUGGCGCUGGACAGGAGGAGGAAGCUCAACGAUGCUCUGGACAGACUAGAGGAGCUGAAAGAGUUUGCCAACUUUGACUUUGACGUAUGGAGGAAACGCUACAUGCGCUGGAUGAACCACAAGAAAUCACGCGUCAUGGAUUUCUUCCGCCGUAUCGAUAAAGACCAGGAUGGAAAAGUCACAAGGCAGGAAUUCAUCGAUGGCAUCCUGUCCUCAAAGUUCCCCACCAGUCGUCUGGAGAUGAGCGCUGUGGCAGACAUCUUUGAUCGUGACGGCGAUGGAUACAUCGACUACUAUGAGUUUGUGGCUGCUCUACAUCCAAACAAAGAAGCUUACAAACCAUUAACCGAUGCAGACAAAAUUGAAGAUGAGGUUACUCGCCAAGUUGCAAAGUGCAAAUGUCCGAAACGGUUCCAAGUAGAGCAGAUUGGUGCCAACAAAUAUCGGUUCUACCUUGGAAAUCAGUUUGGAGAUUCCCAGCAGCUGCGGCUGGUGCGGAUCCUGCGCAGUACAGUGAUGGUGCGGGUGGGUGGAGGUUGGAUGGCCCUGGAUGAGUUCCUGGUGAAAAAUGACCCGUGCAGAGUUCACCACCACGGGAGUAAAAUGUUGCGCUCGGAAUCAAAUUCUUCAAUUACUCAGUCUCCUAUAGGUUGGCAACUCUCACACUUUCUCUCCUUGCUCCAUCCCAGUGCUAAAGGCAGAACCAACGUGGAGCUGCGCGAGAAGUUUAUUCUCCCAGAAGGCACCACCCAGGUGAUGGCCAGUUUCCGCUACAGAGGUCGAAGGUCACGGCCGUCCUCAAGAGGCACCUCCCCUAACAGAUCCAAUUCUAGUCACAGCUGUCCCACAGCACAACCCAACCCACCCGGAUCCAACACACCCAAGACUCCCCAACAUUUAACCCGCAAUUAUGACAAACCCUGGCUGACAAACAGCAAAUCAACUACCCCUCUUAAAUCAUCUGACUCCUUUGACAGCCAAGGGUCAUCCAAUGAGAGCACCCCUAUUCAGGGAAGCAAGCUUCGUCUUCCAGGCUAUCUGUCAGGAAAAGGCUUUCAGUCGGGAGAAGAUGGGACCUUGAUAAACGCUGCAGUCAUGAAGGCCAGAGGUCAAUCCAUGGGGUUGGGUAAGAUCCCAAGCAGACCCGGCAGCAAAGCAGGAAGCCGAGGGAGCAGCCGCCGUGGCAGUGACGCCUCAGACUUCGAUAUUUCAGACAUCCAGUCAGUUUGCUCGGACAUGUCGGAGACCGUGACAGACUCAGGACGCCCAACCCCGCGCUCAGCCUCACGCCAACACGGAGGCAAACCCUCCAAAAUCCCAACUCCCCAGCGGAGGAGCACCCCUACUAGCAAACUGGCCAAGACUACCAAGAGAUAGUCAACAGUGUCCAGUCCACAGAAGUGGCCAGGUUCUGGGCCUCCAUUCUGACAGCACUGGGUUGGAGCACACUAAACCGAGACUGGACAGACAUAGAUUUACACUAAAGACUGCAAAGUGUUAUUGAUUUUAAAAAGCGUAGCAAGAUGUAAAUUAUUCUGUUGUGAAAAAGGAAGUUAAUGUGGAGUGUAUGUGUGUGAGCGUGUGUGGAAUGCAAUGGCUUUGUGCAUUUGUCCUGUACUUUUUGUGACAUUUGUGUAAUUAAUAUUUUGUUUAUUGCUGGGAAAGGUGAGCGAACACAAGAAGACUGUUGUUAGGUAAACUAACACUUUUCCACAUGUUUGUGUUGAGGGAGAAGCUGAAUGUACAGUCAUUUCCUCCAGCGGACAUGCUUGUUGGCGAUGAUAUGCCCUUGUAUUCUGCCAGGACACCACAAUUAUUUAUUCAUCUAUUUAAAGUGCAAUGACAAGCUGCUCUUAUGCAUUUAAAGGGUAAUACGAUACCACUGCUACACUACAACUGUAACCCCUGCUAUCAUACACUACAGUUAAUCCUGAUCAUGGCCUUUAAACUUGCAUAUAAAACAACCGUCUGUAGCACCCGCUGUAAUGUUUGUUUCGAUCAAAUCACAGAUUGUGUGCCAGCUUACUGUGACUAGAACUUUCUGACUAAAUACAUUCAUAAGUGCAAUCAUGCCUGUGUACUCUAUGGUUCCUUUUUGCCUGAUUGAUGCAAAUUACUCAACUUUUUGUAAUAAAUAUGCUUGCAGAAAGCUCAACAAUAUAUACAAA